AUGAAAUCGGAAGUGUACAAUCAAGUAAGAGCAAAUGUUGCUGAUGAUUCUGAUGCUGCUGCUGCUGCUGCUGCUGCUGCUGCUGUUGCUGCUGCUGCUGCUGCUGCUGCUGCUGCUGCUGCUGCUGCUAUGGUUCAAGGGAAAAAACCUCACAAAAUGCUCGAAUCAGAACGACAAAUCGCGGAACAGUUGGACGCGUUGAUUAGAACGUUAGAGAAGAAAAAAGCAGACCUGACAGAACGUUUACGCAACACGCGGGAGGAGAAAGUGCAUUGUAUGCGUGAACAAAUCACCCAGGUGACGCAGAUGCUCACAAAAUCAACCGGGUUGAUACAAUUCUGCAUUGAAAUGCUGAAAGAAAGUGAUCCGACCGCAUUUCUUGUGGUAUCCCAAUCGUUGAUCACACGGACACAUGAAACUGAGAAUCUGUUCAUUCAGGAGUUGGAACAAGCCUCGGCCGUGUCCGAUCAGGCAGACUCGAUGCUCAGCUAUUCCGUUUCGUCCGGGGCGACCACGUGUCCCGGUGAACAGCACAGGCGGAAUUCACCGCGUAAGACAAGCAAAUCCAAACCGGAGCUGAAAUUCAUUCAACGACUGAACGAUUUCACGCUCGAGCACAACACAAUGGAGGUAAUUCGACGCGCUAUCAACGAUUUACGUCUCAGUGAGGAACAGGGGAAGAAAACAGUUGACGAAGAUAGUCAAUCGUUGGUGGAUUUGCAACCCGAUGAAGGUACGUUUAUCCAGUGCGCUCCCUUCCACCGAUUACCGACAGAAAAAAAAGAUUUCUCCAAACGAGGGGGACACCAUGGUUAG